UGGUCAAAUUUUUGUCAAUAUUCAAAGAUAAACGACACGUUUCCUGUCACGUGAAUAUUACUUGUAACGUAUGAAUUUGUUUAUCGAAAGUUGUCGAAAAUCAUGCCUUGUGAUUUUAAUCAAAAAAAAAAAAAUUGAUUUAAUUUUGAAAAAAUGGCCCGAAAACAUGGAAUCAAACGAAAAACGGUUAUUAGUGAUGAUGAUAAAAAAUUACAACGAAAAGAGGCAAAACAUUUGAAAGAUUUUGGUGAAGAACAUCCGAUUAAUGAUAAAAUUCGAUUAGAAGAUCGUUGUGUUAAACGUGUUUAUGAAAAUGAUACAAUUGAUGAUGAUGACAAAAACAACGAGAAACAUGAUGAUAAUUCCUCGGAAAUUGUUGAUAAAUCCGAUAUACAACCCAAUUAUUACGAAGAAUUAUUGAAUGCAUUUGGUAAAAAGAAAAAUGUUGAUCCACAAUCCGAUUCUAGUAGCGAUGAUGAUGAUGAUGAUGAUGAAGUGAAGCUACCAUCAGAAAUUGAUGAAAACGAAGAUUUUGAUGACGAAAAUAAUGAUAUCGAUGAUGAUGAUGAUAAUGAUGACGAUGAGCAGCAGCAGCAAAUGAAAUCGGAAAACAAUACCGACGAUAAUUUUGCUCGACAUUUUUUCACCAAUUUUGAUUCAACCGAUAUAGAAUCAUUAAUGACAUCGAAACAAAUGAUCAACAAACAAUACUUGUGGCCAAACAUUGGUUCAUUUGUUGAAUCACGAUCGGAUCGAAAAUGUUUUGAUUUAAUUCAAAUUGAUGAACCGCCAAAAAAUUUGGAUAAAAUUCAAGUGAAACCAUUAUUACGUGAAAAUAUUUCAAAAACAUUGAUAAAAUCAACAAAUAAAAAACAGCAAACAUUAACAGCAUUUCAAUUGGAAUUAUUAUCACUGUUAACAACGUAUAAAAAUCUAUUCUAUCCAGAACGAACCAUAGAAAAUGGUGAACAAAUUCGUUUGGUCUAUUCAUUACAUGCUUUGAAUCAUAUUCUUCGUACACGUUCAAGAAUCGUUUCACAUAAUGCUAAAAUCAAAAAUAAUAAUCAAAAUUAUGAUAAAGAUGAAUAUCGUGAUCAAGGUCUUACCAGGCCAAAAGUAUUGAUCAUAUUACCAUUUCGACAUUCAGCAUAUUUAACGGUGAAUAUAAUGGUUGAUAUACUUUUUGGUGAUAACAAAGAUUCGGAUGAAAAAAGAAUACAUCUAAUGAAUUAUAAACGUUUUCUUAAAGAAUUUGGACCAGAUUCAGCGGAUGGAUCAAAGAUUAGUUCACGAAAACCAGAUGAUUAUAAACAAUUAUUCGCUGGCAAUAUUGAUGAUUCAUUUCGUGUGGGAUUAUCAUUGACAAAAAAAUCAUUGAAAUUAUAUUCAGAUUUCUAUUCAUCCGAUAUAAUCAUAGCAUCACCAUUGGGUCUUCGUUUAAUUAUCGGUGCCGCUGGUGAAGAGAAACGUGAUUUUGAUUUUCUUUCAUCCAUCGAUAUGAUCAUUAUGGAUCAGGCCGAUAUUUUUCUUAUGCAAAAUUGGGAACAUGUUCUUCAUUUGUUUGAUCAUCUUCAUCGAAAACCUAAUGAAACACAUGGAGUGGAUUUUUCUCGUGUAAAAUUAUGGGUCUUGGAAUUAUGGUCAAAAUUUUAUUAUCAAUUAUUAUUGUUCACUACAGUUCCAUCGCCACUGAUUACCGGAUUUUUCAAUAAAUUUUCAACAAAUUUUAGCGGUAAAUUAAUCAUCCGUAAUGAAAUCCAAAUUAAUCGUGCAGCAAUAAACAAUGUUUACAUUCAAUGUUCACAAAUAUUUCAUCGAUUCGAAUGUCAAUCAUAUGGACAAAUGGCCGAUGCUAGAUUUGAAUUUUUUACGACAAAAAUUCUGCCAAAAUUUCGUCAUGAUCCAAUGAUGAUUCGUACAAUGAUUUUUGUACCAUCAUAUUUUGAUUAUGUUCGUCUACGUAAUUAUUUCCGUAAUGAUGAUAUAAGUUUUACACAGAUUUGUGAAUACUCUAAACCGGGUAAAGUGGCAAAAGCUCGUCAUAUUUUCUUCUAUGGUGGUCGUCAUUUUCUUCUUUAUACUGAACGUUAUCAUUUCUAUAAUCGGCCAACAAUCAAAGGUAUUCGUCAUUUGAUUUUCUAUGAACCACCUGUUUAUCCACAAUUCUAUUCAGAAAUGGUGAAUGCAAUGAAUCAUGCAAAUCAAGGUCAAAAAAUGUUGACCGAUUAUAGUUCAAUGUCGGUCACUGUUCUUUAUAAUAGAUUCGAUACGCCAUCAUUAUUACCAUUGGUUGGAACUAAAUCAAUGACAAAAUUAUUAUCAAAUGAUGAUUCUUCUUCAAAUGUUCAUAUGUUUCUUACGGAAAAUGUUUUACAUUGAUCAUUGUAAUAAUUGAUUUUCAAUAAAUUUUUCAUCGUUUUUUUGAAGAACAAAAA